AUGCUGGGCACAUUGGAGAACAAGAACAAAGCUCAUUGGAAAGAUCACGUCAACUGGUGCACGCUUAUAACUGCAUCAGGAGUGAUAAAACGGGAUACUCACCGAGUGUUCCCUCUAUCAAACUGUCAGAGUCAGGCUGUUUCUAGGGCGAUGACACUGGACUUUGCAUGGCUGUGCGCUGUUCAGUCGUUUGCCUUCAUCUCAGGCUACAUGUGCAGUCUGAUGAAGAGCUAUAAUCUGAUGAGGCAGCAGAGGGCGCACUCUCCACUGUUUACAGAAGACAGAGACAAAAGAGAGAACACAUCACCUGGAAAGAAGAAAGUCCAUUUUGCAGGCGACAACAAAGAGAACACGUGGCCUGAGCAGAGGGUCGGCAUCCGACCUCAGGAGCACGUACUCAUUACAAAACUACACGCAGUUAACGUAGGAGACGUUGAGAGAAAUUAUCCACUGAAGUGCAGGCCCAUGCUGGGUCUUCGCUAACAUUCACUGUCUAUAAACCAGUCCUGAUUUCAGCAGUGCAUCAGCCCUGAGGAAUGACAUCACAAACUCUCCACAAAGCAUCAGAAGC